AUGGAGGUGUGUCUCCACCUCACAAGGAUCCACUUGAUGCCUUUGAAGCAAGAAGCCCUACCCCUCUGCCCAUUUCCAAAUCCAGAUCCUUAGGUUUCCUGCCUCACCUGCAGAGUCUUCCACACUAAUGCCUGCAAAGAGGUGGAGAUGUGUCAGGGAAACCAUGUGAUCCUUCAAUUGGGUGUCUGCACAAGUAGGCCAGGGUGCAAAAGAGUCCCUUUAAUCCUGUGUAGGUACUGCAGUGCUGAGUACUGCAAGGACUGUUGGUAUAGAACACCACUUAAUUGUGCUUGUGGCCAACAUUUUCACUGGUCAUCCUCAGUUUAA